CUCAGAGGGCCCCAAGUCGGCCCAAGACAGCCGCAAGAGCGCCAAGAGUUUUUUUUUGUUGCUCAAGUGCUUGCCAUCCUCUCCGCCACCUGCUACAUUACGACGACCCACUGUACACUCGGCGCAGCCUGGCCAUGGCGCGCGUGCUGGCGGUGGUGCUGAUGGCCCUCGCAUUCGUGCAGGGUGGCGCCCUUGACUCGGAGGAGGAUCGCCCCAAGGGCGCCCGCAGGCGGGCCCGUGACCUGGCCAUGGCGCGCGUGCUGGCGGUGGUGCUGAUGGCCCUCGCCUUCGUGCAGGGUGGCGCCCUUGACUCGGAGGAGGAUCGCCCCAAGGGCGCCCGCAGGCGGGCCCGUAAGCGCGCGCUCGCGGCGCAGACCGAGGAGGACGUGGCCAAGACCGGCUGCGCCCAGCUGGGUGGCGACAAGUGGUUCUCGGAUGCGCACGGCGAGCUGUUCCAGGUGAAGCAGGACCACUGCUCGAUCACCUUCGCGCUGAAGACCAAGAGCGGUGCAACUGUCGAGAAGCGCGGCGUGGUCAGGGGCGCCAAGGUGCUGAUGGAGCCGCCCUUCCCCGAGGGCACGGUGGUGGGCGCGAGCGUCAAGUUCGAGAACGGCGCCAAGUGGGAGCGCAAGUGGUGAGCGCCUCGCCGGACUGCCGGGCGGGCCUCCCGUCGAGGCCCAGAGCGGCGCGUCGACAGGCCUGGAGCCUCUCAGAUACCCGCGGGCGACUCGUCGAACCAACAAG